CUCAGAUUGAUGCCUUAGUUAAUUGGGAGCAUCUGAAGCAGCAAGAAGCGGUGUUGACUUUUCUCUGCCGAGAAGCGUCGACAUUACUGUGACUUACCGAACUGCGAAACGGUGCUGCAAACAUAAAACUAAAGAGGGAGGCCCAUUAUCCCUACCAAGGGAGGAUCCAGUUUUUCUUAUUGAUGGAACUGGACAUUAGACAUACCGGGACAGACCCUGGUGGGCUCCCUCAUCGGUGGGCUUGUGUGCCGUCAAAAAUAAUGGUGGCAGGAGUAGAGGAUGAGCUACGAGAGGUCGAGGAAUGCGAGGGAGAAGGAGAGCAGCUGAAGCGGCAUCAUCAAUAGCUGAGCUUGAGGAAAGAGUGGAGGAAUGUCACCAAGAGUGGAUGACUGCAACACAGAGCUCUUCAGCAUCUCUACCUUUGCUUGUUUCCCGGCUUCGGGAGUCACAGAGCGAGGCCUGGCAUGGGUGACCGCGUGCAGUGUUUCAGGUCGUAACGAUGAUGUCAAGUGUUUCUGCUGCGAUGGAGGCCUGCGAUGCUGGGAGUCUGGAGAUGAUCCGUGGGUGGAACAUGCUAAAUGGUUUCCUCGGUGUGAAUAUUUGCUCCAGGAGAAGGGACAAGAGUUUGUUCACCAGAUCCAGGCUCGUUUUCCUCGGCUGUUUGAGCAGUGAUUCUUUUCAGUCCAGAAGAGGAGCGAUCUCAGGACGCCGUCACGAUGAACACCCUUGUGAUCAAGUCCGCCUUGGAGAUGGACUUUGAGAAGAGUCUAGUCCAGAGCAAGAUCCUGACCAGUGGAGACCACAAAGUUGCUUCCGUUUGCCCAAGUGUUGAGAGAUUUAUCCUGGAGAUUUCUGCUGUCUGUCUUAUGCAGUGGAAGUGAAUGAAAUUUUAUUUGUGGCUUUCGUGACACUAGUGCAGUGCCCAUUCAAAAUGUGCCUGUUGGGAGGGGCUAAUUGCUAGGAAUCCUUUCUGGGCUGCAAUGUGUAUGGGGUCAGUAGGUCUCCUUUGUUACUGCUGGAGUUGGCUGCUCCGCCUCGCUUGGAUAGUGUCUGGUGAUGGCUUAGAAAGUGCUGUCGCUGAUGAGUUUAAUCUUUCUUAAAACCCCCUCGCAUGUGUGCACGUCAAGUAAGAUAUAGAAAAGUGUUGUUUGAAGCAUUGCAGUCGACAUUGCACGUCCUUGGGUCCUCAGCAGUACACCUGUGAAGAUUGAAGUUUAUCGGAUGAGCUGUUGUCAAGAAAAUCAAAAGACAGACAGAUUCCUCCAUUUACAGUUCCUAAUAAUAAUUUCUAAUAAUUUCCUUUUUCACAUUGUAAAAAAUCAUCAAUUCAUUCAUUGGAAUCAUAGUUUUUUUCUCCCACAGAAAGACAGACAGAAAACCUGUAACAGUUUCAGCAACAUUGCAUUCAGUUUUAGCUCCUUAACCAAUAACUAGACUAUAACUUACAAAUCAUCUACACGUGAUACUUAUGCUGACCAUUUUUGGAUGCAUGCAGCACAGAUUCAGAUUUUCAGGUGCAUUCUUCUUACCAGUACAGGCAUCCCUUGUUUUUCCAUAAUUUCCUAAAUUAAUUACCAGACUCUUGAAUAUUGCUUGAGUAAUGUAAUCACCUACUGUGAUCAUCAAGUCUGCAUUAUUCUUUCAGUCAUGCACUAUCGUGGUGUGGUAAUGCAAUUUAAAUGCAGAUUGAUUUGCAGCAUCUGCACUGCAUUACCAAUCAGUGAUAUAAUGUAAGACUGACAGAAAACAGUGCACUUUUGAUGCUCACUGGGAUGAAUUCUUUCUUACUUUGAGAACGCACACAAAGCGAGGUGCAGACAUAUAAUCAAUUCAUGUGACUGAUAAGUCACCAUAGAUACCAUGUAUACAAAAACCUCAUUAUCAUCACCCUCUUCUUUAAAAAAAAAAAAAAUCUGUCCUUGGCUCAAGUUUUCACUCUUACAGAGCUGUUUCGAAAGUGGGAAUGAGGAAAAUACUGUGCCUUGAAAAUGGGCUUCAGAGCCAUUUGGAGAGUCAGAGCAUAAGUCAAGGACCCUGUUGUGCCUCCUCAGAAAAGCAACAUAUUAAUUUUGGAUGCUGUGUUCUUGGUAUAUGUUGUUCUAACUACAAGUGCUAUCUGGGGCUGUGAUACUGGAGGCGGUCGUCAAUAUGGGGAGCUCUGACCUUAAAAGCAAAGUUACCUUAUUAUAAUCUUUUCUAAAUUACCAUGAGCUCAUACACAUAAUGCAACACACUACCUGGCCUAUUAUUUAUCUUAGCAUGCAUGACACUUGCUAUGUAUAUUAAAUAUAAUGAUGCUUAUUAUCCUAUUUACAGAGAGCUUGGAGGCAGUCAGACUUGUUUUGUACCUUUUUAUGCAUGUGCUUUAUAUAAAUAUAUUUCUUCUUACUCUCACUGUAAUCAUUUUAGAGGAGUUUCUGUUAAAUAAACUUAAAUACACCUGA